AUGAUUCAGCAGCGGGGUGUCCAGGAGCUUGUGGCAGUUUCCCACGAUGAAGAAGACCUGCCCUGUAUCUAUCUCAGCGCAAUUGACCGCAUAUUCCCCAAUGCCAACGUCGUCUCCUCUUAUGGUGUCCGCAUCCCCUUCUCUACCAACCGAAGUGGUGUCCCGAAACAGCCAUUGAGGAUCCCUUACUUUGAAAACAGGGUGCUCGAUGUCGAAUGCGACAACAGUCAGCUGGAGUGGUCACGAGAAGCAACGGCCGCACGCAUCGCCGCUGUUGCUGCAGCCGCAGCACAUCUCAUCCCGCCCAACACCGUCCACACGGCCCCACUUGUCUCGAUCACGGACCUGGACGUGGAUCUUUACAGCUAUAGUGACGACGACAACGACAUUAGCCACAACACUCGUAUCCCGGCUCGGGGCAGGAGUCCCGAUCUUGACAGCGACGAUAACUUUGACAUGAUCGAGUCGGAACAUUCUUCGGAUGAGGAUGAUGAGAACGCUGAGGACGAGGCUGGUGGCGGCGACGACAAUGAUGAAACGCUCUCCAGGCCCAGUCGGUCAGCAAGAUUUGCAGGGACAUCCCAGAGUUUCGAGCGCUUGCGAGUGGGACUUCAGCCGAUCCCAGAGACGAACCCCUUUGUCAGAGAUUUACCACCUUCGUUCAACACGGUCGUUUCUCCACCUAUCCAAACAACAGUGGCUUUACCGCCUUCUGUGGUUGCCACUCCAACAGUACCGUUCCUUCCUGCGGUGCGCCAUGCUAUUCCCGAGGAGUCAUUGACGAAUGGCGAUGCUGCUCCACCGCCUACCUACGAGCCUAUCGAUACCUUGGUUCACGAUAUCACUGGCCCUGGCCGUGUUACUAACCAUGGCACUGGAGCGAGCGAGUCGCAUUUCGUACCUCCUCCCACCAUCGACGACCCCUCUGAGCGCCACCUCGUCCACGACCGAGUCGAAAUUAUCAAAAGGAUUAGUCAGACCAUUCUCAACCAAAAGUACGAGUCCGAGGUCUGCGCCCACCCUCCCUUGUUUGUGCUCUUGCCCGAGAACCCCCUUCGGUGGUCCUUUGACAACCUCCUCCACAACAAGAUGCGGCUCUACUUCCUAUGCGACUGCUGCGAGCAUGAGGGGUUCGUUCCUAGAGGCAACAGCACCGGUGAGCGACGUGGGUUGCGCAACCAGCGCAACGUCCAUGUCACGGGCGGGAAAGGAUUCGAGAUUCGCAUGGACCAGUUUCAGGAUCAGAUGCUUGUCGCCAAGUUUGGACACUACAUACUCCACCUCUUGCGGAUGCUACAGUUUGGAGUCUCGCUCGAUAGCCACUUUGUGGCCUCUGCAUUCGACCGGCCCGUGCCUCUGAUCAGCGCCUCAGGAACCAAUCUCGGAGGACUGGACCCAGAGUUAUACUUCAAACUCAGGAAGAAUGUCGAGCGGUCAAUUGCCUUUAUGGAGGCCCUACUUGGCGACGACUAUGAGGAGGAGGCUACUGAGGCUGUGAUGUGCUUGGAUCUGAACGAUUUUAGGAUCUUGGAUCAUAUUGUCAAGAGGCAGCCUUACUCUCAACCCGCUUCUGCGUCAAAGGUUCUACCCUCGUCCGCGUCGGUAACUUCGAUCUCGUCGACUUCGUCCCCUCCAACUUCUCCCACCACGGCGGUAACACCUAGAGCAGAGUUGGCACAGCCUUUGGGAAGCAGUCUCUUUGAUGGCGGCAACGGACUCUACAAGGUCCUAGGACCCGACAAUCGCGUGCGAUGGUCCUGCGAGGACUUUUACGGCAAGCAUCACCAGACGCUGGACAAGGUCUUUUCGACAAAGCUCAACUUUUUGCAGGUGGACAUGGAUACCCACGUGCGCUCGGCAGAGAUGACAGGAACCAGCGAGAACAUCCUCAACACCCGGGUCAUUGCCGUAUCCAAAAUCAGGGCGUUGUUCAGAAUCGACUUGAACUUUGACUGGGACUUUGAGAACGACAAACUCGCAACAGUGACCAACAUGCUGAAGCAGGACGCGGCCUCGGUCUCGACACUCGCGGUUCGAUUCAGUCGUAAGGUACCACCAUUGACCUGGAGGCAACAUCUUGUGAGCCACGGAGAGGACGCCCAACCGAUGAUCGCCGUUCUGAACCUCGUCAAGAACAGGAAGCUGAAACAUUUGAUCCUGGAGGGCGAUGUUGACCUGUUCUCGGUGCCCAACCUCGGGACCAUGGAUUUUUCCAACCUGGACAUUCUCAGCAUCAUGAAAACUAAUCACCGUGGCUAUGGUCAUACCGCUGCCCUGCUCAGGAACAACAAAACCAACAAUGGCUACAAUAAUAGCUCAUCUGCGAGUGUCAGGAGUCUGGAUGGUUACGACAAUGGCGAGCGUGGAACAGCCAAGACGUACACGCAGGAGAACUACAUCCCCGAGUUGCUUUCCUUCCUCCAGACCUGCAGUCUCUUGACAGAGAUCUCGCUUGGGUUCCCUGAAGUCGUCCCUGGACAUAUUCGAAUUCUGCAGACUUGUAUCGCUGGGCUGUCUAGACUGGCUCGCGUCGAUCUAUCCCGAAUCGUUGGAUCCUCCCUCAGUGGCAGUGCUAACAGCAGCAGCAGCAGCAGCAGCAAUUCUCCAGCGGCGGGAAACAAGAGACCGAUCCUCAACAAAAAACUGGAACUCUCUGCCAAUGUCUCGGCGUCCAGGGUCACGAGACUCUACUUGUCGGAGUGCAAGGUUGUCGGCGAUGGUCGGGCAAGACUUUUGGAGUCCCUGGAGGAGGUGCUGAUGGACUAUGGUCCGUCUCUGGAAGAUUUGGAGAUCAAGUUUGUGGGCUUUAACGACAAGCAUGCGCAUGCGCUCGAAUAUGGCACCAGGCCACAGUCAGACCAAACUUCGUGCAGGCUGCGUCGAUUGGUCCUCCAUGGCAAGGGACUCGAAACGGGAGGUGUCGCUGCCUUGAAGCGGGUUAUUGGUAGGGCUACACGGUCAAAGCCGCAAGAGUCCAUGGUUGUUGGCAAUACCCGUGGAACCUUGGGUCGGAGCACCAGUCGCCGAGGUGGAUCUGUCGCCACCGAGUUGACUGUCGCAAUCGCAGCCGCCGCACACUCUGCUGGAAGCGGACUAGAGUCGCUCUCCUUUGGAACCAUGCUCGACGAAACGACACUAACACAUCUGGAACUCUGCUCAAUCGACACUUUGGCGGACUCGGACUGGGCACACUUGGUGAGCGAGCUGAACAUGAAGAGGCUGAUCACACUUGAGGUCCAAGGCGUCUGGGUCGGAGACCGAACCGUGGCCAUGCUUGCACGCUGCGGUCAGAACGAGGACAUUGUUGACGAACCCUCAUCGCCUCAUUCACCUGCGGAGGACUUUUCCUCCUCGCUGCCACCCGCUCCUCCUGCAUUUUUCUCGGCGUCUGCUCCAUUGCCCUUGCAGACGUUGCGGAUCCAUUGCUCAAGCCUGACCAACAAGGGAGUGACGCACUUCCGCGAGUUCCUGUCACGUCUUAUUCAUCUGUCGACUCUCAGCUUCCAUGGAUUCCGUAAGGUCGGUUCGGAUCACUGGGUCGACAUGUUGAGCAGGAUCGAGUUCCGGUGGGUUGAGAUCAUUGAGAUUGUCAGUUCAGGUUUUGACGACUAUUGUGGAGAGUACCUGGGUGAGAGGAUUCAAGCACGAAGCCAGCUUCCGGAUUUCGUCGCGACUUUAUCUCCGGCUGACGCCUAUGAUACAGAAGGACCUGCGUUGCCGGCUUACAGUGCCCAAGCUCCUGCUGCUACUUCUCCUACGACUACUAUAUCAUCGUCGUCCUCCAACGCUCUGUCGUCAUCGCCGCCACUGUCAGCAGCAGCGCCCCCAACCCGCAGGGAUUCUCUGUCGUCAAGACUGCGCGCUUCCAUUUCCAAUACAUCUAGGUCCAAGGAUCCCGAACCCAAGCCAACUCCGAUCCCAUCCAGCACCAGCACCACUAGCCUGACACGCCCAACCGCAUCCCAAAAGUACCUCGAGGUCGACCUUCGAUACACCGACGUCUCUGCAAAGGGACUGGCGCUUCUUCGCACAAAGGUCCUGGGUCAGGCCAAGCGAGUGGUGGUGAUGUCGCGUGAUGGCGAGGAGGAGGAGGAAGUGGAUGAGGGUGAGGCGGACAAGGAGGCUGCAAGGUUGGCGCAGAAGCGUAUGGCGGAGAAGGAGAGUGAGGCCAAGUGGAGUGCCAAGGGAGGAAGUUCGUCAUCGUCCUCCUCGAGUCCUAGCAAUGGGCGUGGUGCUAGCUAUAGUAGUGGUGGAGGAACGUUUUCCGCGUUGGCUUAUUCGUUAUCGUCUGCCUCUCAGGGACCAAGCAAUAGAAAUGGAGGUAGUGACGGAAGCAGCAGCAGUCAUGGCAACAGUAGCAACGGAACCUCACAAUCGCAGCAUCAACAGCAGGGUUCGGGCCAGAAGACUCGGUCUACUUUUUCGACUGUAAAGAGGUUCCUGACGAAGAAAUAG